AUGGACAGGUUACUUGCCAGGCAGACAACUGAGGGCCAGCUGAUUCUCAACUUCAUGGUCAACACCGACAAGGCGCCUGCCAACAGUCAAUCAGUCGCGGCACUGAAAGCCCGACUGGCGCUACUGGAGUCGUAUUGGGCCAAGGUGUUGAAUCGGCACUGCGAGAUGGACCCCACUGAGGAACAACGAGCUACUGAACCGUAUUGGACCAAAGACCAAUUCAGUCUGUACGAGCAAAAUUACAUACAGCACGUGGUCACCUUGAAGGAGAGGAUAGCGCUUCUCGAGCCAGAAGCCCCUCAGAUUGCCCAAUCUCCUGGGGCACCUACACGAGUCAUGCACGACGCCUCAGCGCCACUCCGCAAGUUACCACUGCCCACCUUCAACGGAGAUGUCUUGCAAUGGGCCGCAUUUAAAGAGCGUUUCAGCUCGCUGGUCGGCAACGUGGCCUCCUAUUCGAAGGUCACUAAGUUACAGUAUCUCCAAUCUUGCCUUGAAGGACCGGCCGCGAAGCGAGUGAACAAUAUGGAGAUAACGGGCGCUAACUACGACGUUGCAUGGGCCAAGCUUGUCAAACGGUAUGACAACGAAAGAAUCACGCUCUCCGCUCACCUGUCAAAGAUGCUUAAACUACCAACCACACCUCAAAGGACUGCUGCAGGAAUCAGUGGACUAUUAGACGAGGUCGACGAGGCUUUGGCAGCCCUCAAGCAUCUAGGCAGACCUGUCGAUCAAUGGGAUGACUGGCUGAUCGAAAUAAUCACUGCCAGAUUGGACAGCUCAAUCAUAGAAGACUGGGAGAAGUCUCAGGAGGGCAACGACAUACUGCCUACCUAUGGUGAACUGGUAGACUUCUUAGAAACUCGGAUUCGAUCCCUGGAAUCGGCGCAUCGGAAAGGGCCCGAACCGAGUUCCAGUUCCACAGUGAAGCCCACGCCAAGCAAAAAACAGGCUCCUAAGGAAAGGAAAUCGGUGAACUCUUAUCACAGCUCAUCGACCGAGGCAUCCGCGAAUCCUCGCUCGAAAAGGGGAUGCAGUAUAUGCAAGGGCGAGCACUUCAUCGGCUACUGCCCCAAUUUUGUCAAACUGGAACCCGAAAGGAGGAGAGAGCUCGUCUCCUCCACUGGUUUGUGCUUCAAUUGCUUGUCUGGGAAGCACAUAGUCGCUAAAUGCACCUCGAAGGGUCGGUGCUCUACACGGGAUUGCGGAGCCAAACAUCAUUCGCUGUUGCACGUGGACAAACCAGUCGCUACAGAUAGGGAGGAAGACCACGUGAAUUCAUCGACGGACUCUCCGUCAACGGUGUCACACACAACCCAAGUGAGUGGUACUAAGCGCACGCACGCCUCCCCGAAAGUAAGAGGGAUCACCCUGUUACCGACUGCUUGGAUCAUCCUGGAAUCAUUUGAUGGAGCUUCGGUGAGAGUAAGGGCCUUGAUCGACCAAGCUUCUGAGGGGUCAUUUAUUUCAGAACGGAUAACACAAGCUCUCUCCUUACACCGAAGGAAAAGUGCUGUUUCCGUCAUUGGAGUCGGCGGACAGGUAAACUUGACCUCCAAUUUUGUAACGGAAGCUCUACUCCGCUCUCCCAAGAAAAUGGACUUCUCGCUGAGUUUCACAGCCAUGAUCCUGGGCAAUUUAACCAAACUUCUGCCCACGGAACGUUGUCGACGGGAACCCUGGCCGCACAUGGAGGGCCUAGACCUGGCCGAUCCCGAUUUCUGCGAACCAGAUUGCAUCGAAUGCAUACUUGGAGGGGACGUUUUCCCGCAAAUUAUCCGCGAGGGUGUUCGACUCGGCUCGGAUAUGCAACCCGUUGCUCAAGAAACCGUUUUGGGUUGGAUAGUGACGGGUCCAGUCUCCACACAAGCUACGGAUGGAAGAUUGCCUACCAUGCAAUCGUUCCAUACAUUAACCUCGUCGGUGAAUGAAGACCUCAGGCGCUUCUGGGAGAUAGAAGAGGUCCUCGCUAAGCCGAAGCUUUCCGCACCAGAACAAGCGUGCGAGGAUCACUACGUUGAGACUCACCGACAAGAUUCCGAAGGAAGGUUUGUCCUUCGCCUACCUUUCUCGCAACCACCGGAGUUAGGAGACUCCAAAAGAAUCGCCGAGGCCAGAUUACUUCAGACGGAGAGACGCCUGCAUGGUAGACCUGCGCUACGACACGCAUAUGCUAAGUUCAUGGAAGAGCUGCGGUCGCUCAACCACAUGGAAGAAGUACCCGAAGGAAAGGAUAGGAUAAAAGUGAGGAUAAAGGCUACUAUAUGCCGCACCAUGUUGUGGAGAAACGAGACGGCUCCGGAAAAAUCCGAGUCGUCUUCAACGCCUCUCAACCCUCAUCGAACGGGCUGUCGCUGA